AUGGAGCCCGGCAAUUAUGCCACCUUGGACGGGGCCAAGGAUAUCGAAGGCUUGCUGGGAUCCGGAGGGGGUCGGAAUCUAGUCGCCCACUCCCCAAUGACCAGCCACCCAGCAGCUCCUACGCUGAUGCCCGCUGUCAACUAUGGCCCCCUGGAUCUUCCGGGCUCUGCAGAGCCACCAAAGCAAUGCCACCCGUGUCCUGGGGUGCCCCAGGGGGCAUCCCCAGCUCCUGUGCCUUAUGGCUACUUCGGAGGCGGGUACUACUCCUGCCGGGUGUCCCGGAGCUCGCUGAAACCUUGUGCCCAGGCGGCCACUCUGGCUGCCUACCCCACGGAGACUCCUGCGGCCGGAGAGGAGUACCCUAGUCGCCCCACCGAGUUUGCCUUCUAUCCCGGGUAUCCGGGACCCUACCAGCCUAUGGCCAGUUACCUGGAUGUGUCGGUGGUGCAGACCCUCGGUGCCCCUGGGGAGCCUCGUCAUGACUCCCUGCUGCCUGUGGACAGUUAUCAACCUUGGGCCUUGGCCAGUGGCUGGAACAGCCAGAUGUGCUGCCAGGGUGAACAGAACCCACCGGGUCCCUUUUGGAAGGCGGCAUUUGCAGACUCCAGCGCGCAGCACCCUCCCGAAGGCUGUGCCUUCCGCCGAGGGCGCAAGAAGCGCAUUCCCUAUAGCAAGGGGCAGUUGCGCGAGCUGGAGCGCGAGUAUGCGGCUAACAAGUUCAUCACCAAGGACAAGAGGCGCAAGAUCUCAGCGGCCACCAGCCUCUCGGAGCGCCAGAUAACCAUCUGGUUUCAGAACCGCCGGGUCAAGGAAAAGAAGGUUCUUGCCAAGGUCAAGACCAGCGCUACCCCGUGA